GGAAAAGGUCCUGCAGAGCCGAGCAGCCGAGAUGUGUGACUUCACCGAGGACCAGACCGCAGAAUUCAAGGAGGCAUUCCAGCUGUUUGACCGAACAGGUGAUGGCAAAAUCCUGUACAGCCAGUGUGGGGACGUGAUGAGGGCCUUGGGCCAGAACCCUACCAAUGCCGAGGUGCUCAAGGUCCUGGGGAACCCCAAGAGUGAUGAGAUGAACGUGAAGGUGCUGGACUUCGAGCACUUCCUGUCCAUGUUGCAGACUGUGGCCAAGAACAAGGACCAGGGAACCUAUGAGGACUAUGUUGAAGGCCUCUGUGUGUUUGACAAGGAAGGGAACGGCACCAUCAUGGGUGCUGAAAUCCAUCCCAUCCUUGUCACACUGGGAGAGAAGAUGACGGAGGAGGAGGUAGAGAUGCUGAUGGCGGGGCAUGAGGACAGCAAUGGCUGUAUCAACUACGAAGAGCUUGUCCGGAUGGUGCUGAAUGGCUGAGGAUAUUUCCAGAUCCUGAGCCUGUGCCUUGCCCAGUGUGAGAUUUCUCCGUGGCCCCCUCCUAGGAUCCCUUAUCACAGCACCUUGCCCAUCAGG